CCACAACAAGCAACCAAUGGCCAAACACUACCAAACACAGCGCCAUUCCCUGCAACGCCGCCACAGCUUGACCCAUCCCAAUUGGCACUGCUACAACAAUUAGCUCAGACAGCCAAGCUAGGAAACACAGCUCUUACGCAACCAACGUUUCCACAGCAGAUACCACCGGUGCCUAUACCUGGUAACCAGCAUCAACCCUUUUCUGUCACAGGCAUACCAGGGGGCUCUUCGCAACCUCACCUUCGGCCUCCUGGUACUUAUCAGGAGGAGCGUUAUGAUUCUAACCAUAGGGAGCCCAGGUACAGCAGAUUUGGACCAUCAGAUCGUGGCCGUCAUCUGAGAGACAGAGAUGGGCCCUACGAGGAGCGCGGCAACUCUCGUGGUUUCCGUGGUGGUCAUCGUGGUCGAGGUCGAGGCAGAUGGGAUGAUCGUGAUCGCGAUCGCUACGGUGGGAGGGAAAAAGAAUGGAAUUCCGAUUCCCCUACUCGACUUAGACGAAGUCGCUCGAGGAGUCCUCCUCCCAGGUAUGGAGUUAGGCGAGACCCACGGCCAUACAGCCCACCUCACAGACCGUCGAUUGCAUCAACAAAAGAUUCAUCGCGUAUUGUAGAGUCUAGCUCCUCAGGAGAUCUUGAAGGCGAAAAAGACGAGUUUGGGCGUGAUAUCAGACCAUCAUCGCCCAUGACCACCGAUUCUGUAUCUGCCAGCGACAGUCGAACACAGCCACAGGCAGCUCCCUCUGUAGAACCUGAACCUGCUCCUGCGCUCUCCGAUUAUCAUAUACCUGUAACAAAGCAGUUGCCCAUGGUAGCUGCCAAUACAUCUGCUCAGAACUCUGAAUCUCUUACCUCGAGUUCAGUUACGUCGCAGCAAGGACUAGACAAGUUUGAUAUCGCAACAUUUGAUUUCACUGCGUCCUCAUCGUGGGAAGCGCUAGGAAAAAUGUGGCAGGUUACUUACGGCUACCCGCCUUCACAAGAACAACUGAUGCAGUUCGUCCUGUCGGGUGGCACAGUGACUGGUGAGCCACCAACUAGUGAGUUAGGAGGGGAGCAGAGUGGGGAACGGUCAGAACCAGAUUGGCUUGAAUCCAAGGAAGAAAGGGGCUACAGCGACACAUGGGGAAGUGGUACAGGGCAAGGUAACGGACAUGCGCGAGGGCGCGGUGGUAGUUUCGAACACGGCAACUACCGAGAUAGUCAUGAGCAGUGGGGAUACAUGAAUUCAGCGUACGGACAGCACACUGAUGCUGUGAUCCUUGGUGAAGGUGGUGGCCAAGAAAGUAGUGACGGCGCGAUGGAAGGACAGGUAUAUGCUGAUGCGGCCGGACAACAAACUGAUGCACAAGAACAGCUUUCAAACGCUACACGACCACAAACCGGAGGAACAGGGGGGCGAAUGCAGCGAGUGGGUGACAAAUGGAUGUUUGUCCGGGAGGCUGCGUCUGGAGUAGUAUAAUCUCAUAUGAUCAAAAAUAUCAAUCAUUUCUUGCUGCUGGUCUUAUAUGCAGUUAUAAUUAUGCGUUGCCAAUAUGGUCUUACGAAAUGUAUUAACUUUAGGAAAAAUCCGUCAGAAACCGGCAGAGUGGUUGGCAUUA